CACACAGCGAAGCUAACAGGAAUCAACAGCUAAUCUAACAGUUAGCUUGUGACGUAGCCCGCGGCUCCUGAAAUGGCUUCGGAGACAGAAGCAGCGAUGUGCUCGGCUGCAGCGGCCGCAGCAGACUCCAUCGUGCCCGCCUGCAUGUUCGCUCCGGACCGGGGCUGCGCGGAGGACCUAGCCGGGGAGGAGGGCUUCGAGGACGGCGAGGAGACGAACGGCGAGCCCGCGUAUCAUCUGGACCUGAGCAGUAAGCUGGUUCUCGUGAGUCCAACAGCAGAACAGUACGACUCGUUACUACGACACUUGAGGGAGCGGAUAGAUGAGGGCUGUGGAGAGACCAUCUACGUGGUGGGAAUGGGCUCAGAUGGAGGUGACUAUGGUCUGGAUGAGAAGGACAUGGAGGCGUCGGUGGCCACGGUGAAGUCGCUGUGCGAGCAGAUCGAGGCUGACCUGAUCCUGCUGAGGCAGAGGAUAGACACUGGUGGACAGAUUCAGGACUACCUCAUCAGACGCCGUGUUGGCGAGGAGGAUUUCCUGGAAGUCAGAGUGGCGGUUGUAGGGAAUGUGGAUGCUGGGAAGAGCACUCUGUUGGGGGUUUUGACCCACGGCGAGCUGGACAACGGCAGAGGCUUCGCUCGCCAGAAGCUCUUUAGGCACAAGCACGAAAUGGAGAGCGGCAGGACGAGCAGCGUGGGCAACGAUAUCCUGGGAUUUGAUCAGGAGGGAGAGGUGGUUAACAAGCCCGACAGCCACGGCGGCAGCCUCGACUGGACCAAGAUCUGUGAGAAGUCCUCCAAGGUCAUCACCUUCAUCGACCUGGCCGGCCACGAGAAGUACCUCAAAACCACCGUCUUUGGCAUGACUGGACACCUGCCCGAUUUCUGCAUGCUCAUGGUUGGCAGUAACGCCGGCAUCGUUGGCAUGACCAAAGAGCACCUGGGUCUGGCACUGGCCCUAAAUGUGCCGGUGUUUGUCGUGGUUACUAAGAUCGACAUGUGUCCAGCCAACAUCUUGCAAGAGACACUAAAGUUAUUACAGAGGUUAUUAAAGAGUCCGGGCUGCAGAAAAAUCCCAGUGUUGGUCCAGAACAGGGAUGAUGUCAUCGUCACAGCCUCCAACUUCAGCUCCGAGAGGAUGUGUCCGAUCUUCCAGAUCUCAAACGUGACCGGGGAGAACAUGGACCUGCUGAAGAUGUUCCUCAACCUCCUGUCUUCUCGAACCAUCUUUAGCAAUGACGAGCCAGCAGAGUUCCAAAUAGACGACACAUACUCAGUACCGGGUGUGGGCACAGUAGUUUCUGGGACUACGUUACGCGGAAUGAUUCGGCUCAACGACACGCUGCUCUUAGGCCCCGACCCGCUCGGCACCUUCAUCCCCAUCGCCGUGAAAUCCAUCCACCGCAAAAGGAUGCCGGUGAAAGAGGUCCGCGGGGGACAGACGGCGUCCUUUGCUCUCAAAAAGAUCAAGCGUUCCUCCAUAAGGAAAGGAAUGGUGAUGGUCUCGCCAAAGCUGAUGCCACAGGCCACCUGGGAGUUCGAGGCAGAGAUUUUGGUGCUGCACCACCCGACUACGAUAUCACCGAGAUACCAGGCCAUGGUUCACUGUGGCAGCAUCAGGCAGACAGCCACCAUCCUGACGAUGAACAAAGACUGUCUGAGGACAGGGGACAAGGCCUCAGUCCAUUUCCGCUUCAUUAAGACGCCCGAGUACCUGCACUGUGACCAGAAGCUGGUGUUCAGGGAGGGACGCACCAAAGCUGUGGGCACGAUCAUCAAGCUUCUCCAAUCAGUGAGCACCCAGGCAGCCAAGGCCCAACUGUCCAAGAUGCAGGCCAGUAAAAAGACGUUUAAAGAGGGCACAGCGGCCAAUGAGGAGGCAGGAUCGUCAGCACGGCCGCCCAGUCCCAACGCAGCAAAUUUACCACUCAAGUCGGGCGGCGGCGGACGCAGGAGAGGAGGUCAGAGACAUCGAGGGAAGGGCCUGAACCCGGCAGCUAUCCCCACAGCAGUGACGGCAGGAGCAGCCGGCACAGCCUAAAAAAACCCCCACAGCAAGUCUCCUCAGCUCAUCAUCUCGUCACAGAGAGGAAAAGUGACUGCAUCGCCCUCUGGUGGUUGUACAUAGACUAACUGCGCAUGUUUCUUUCAUAUAAAAAAAAAGAUUAUUCUGUAUUUUUCAAUCCAAGCAGAGUGAAUCUUUCCCACAGAAAGUUGUUUUAAAGUUGUAUUGGCGUCUCCGCCUGUGGGCUGCUGAUGAUGAUCAAGUGUUUUUUUUAUAAUUUGGGUGUUUUCUUUUUGAAUUUUCGGGUUUCAUUACACAACAUUUGCUUUGGUAAGUUUUCGGGGGUUUUCACCUUGUCUGUGGUUCAUCAGAACUUCUCUCAUUGCAUUAACAGAUUCUCCCAGUGAGCAGAGGCAUCAGUCACUUUCCCUCCCUGAACGUUUUCCAACCUUCAAACCCUCUUGUUCUGCAUCUUUCUCGUGUUCAACACAACCUGGUUUCCUGUGUUCAGCUUAACGCACGGCAUUAGUCUCCAGACAAUCAGCUCAGUCAUUUAAAGAGGUAGAGAAACUGUAUUUAGCUCCCGAAUGCUUCCUCUCACUGAGACUGACAGCUGGAUUUUAGUUUUCAAGUGAAAUGGAACUGGUGAGGGGUACGAGUGUCUGACAGCAGAUACAUUAGGAGUCAGAUGUGUUGGCUCAUCCUUCAGCUGUUGGUCUCUCCUGCUGAUAAUCGUUCACUGGUGUCCCACUGGGACGUUGUUUUCUUACCUUGGGAACGUGGCCACUGAUGCACUAGUGUUUAUCCUGACGUCACUCGUCAGGAAACAUCUCUGCGCAGAUGAAGACAAAACACGGUCUCAUGUAUUUUAUAACCUUAAUGCUAAACCCACUGUCUGAAAGCCCACGUUGUCGUUUUAAUAUUCAUGCAGGUGUCGUGUUGCCAAAUCAGAAAAGGUCUGAAUUGUUCCUGCUUUCUCUCCAGUCAAGUCCAGUGUUAGUGAGGUUCUGUCACUUGUGCAGGUCAUAGUGAGGUCACCCACACUCAGCUGUCUGUUUAUUAGGUACACCUGGCUUAAACUAAAGAUUCUAUCCACAGGAAGACUACAUUCAAAACUUUCUAGUGUUUGUAGCACUGGCAGGUGUCUCUAUUAUUUUGUCCACCCCAUUCACAUCACAAGGAUAGAAACCAAUCCUCCGUAGUGUCCAAGCAGUUCAAUGUAAAACAGUUUCAACACAUUAGAACCGUCGUGAAGGGAGAUUCACUGCAGGACUUAGUUUGAGCUGCUUGUUCCUAAUAAAGUGGAAACUGAGUGAACAAUAAGCCAAAAGGCUGUAAAGCACAAAGUUUCUUCCAUUAUGCUGCCGUGUGACAGCCAGAAAAAAUCCAGAAGCUGAUCCUCUCACGCGCAGAAAGAUUCAUCCUGUAUUUGUACUCAUGGUGUUUCACACUUUAAAAGUCAAAAGCCAAGUAAGAACAUAUGAAAAUCACCAGAAGAUGAUUCUGCACAUUACGUCAUUUCACUCCAUAUGAAGAAGUAGCUGCAGAACAUAUUGUCAAAGAGGAAUUUAUAUAACACAGGUUGGAAGGAAUUUCUUUCAUGUUGAUGAGAAACCAUAAAAAAACAGAAACUUUUUGUUAACAAAAGAGUUUUAAAAAGUCAUUUUUAUCUUAUAAGCUUUAAUAUAUGAACCGGUGAUCACAUCAGAUUGUGCAAAAGCUAAACCGAGUUUAUUUCCACCAACAACUUCAACCUUUUUUUUCUCACUGGUUUUUAAAAAGAUGUUUAUGACCUCGUUCCCAGUUUUGAAGUUAUUACAGUUUUAGGGUCUUUUUCAAAUUUCAUACUGGUCAGUCUGAGUCUAUGGAUCUUAAAUAACACAUUUUACGACGAUCACAAACUCGCAGAAUGUUUCCCUCUUCUCUCCUUUUGACUGUUUUCAUUCUUACUGGUUGUGCAUGGAGUUAUUUUUGAAGGGACACAUUUUGUGUGUAUCUAUGUACAAAAAAAGAUUAAAAAGAGUUGUGCAGACGAACUAAGGUUAAAAAAAGAAAAAAGAUGCCAUUUAAAUUAAGUGGUGUCAGUUUGUGUUGUAAAUCCUUUUAAAUAAAGAUGUUAUAGAAAGAA